UAACGCGUUUCAUGAAUUUCCCGCUUUUCAGAAUGAUAUAGAAGCGUAAUGGAACAUUUGAUGAAUAUAAAUAAUGUAUUGUGCAUUUUUCAGUUUGUUUUCUCAAAAUUUAUCAGAGUUCUGUAUGAUUUUUUUUGAUACGGUUGAGACUGUUUUGUCAUUGAUUAAAAAUGUGCCUUAGAAAAAUGUUAGAUAUAUCAUAAAACUUUUGUGUGAAAAAAUUUUCUAUUCUUUGUGAAUAUGUACAUUGUAAUCAAAGAUUCUUAGUGAGGUGUAGUGAAAUUCGAAAUAGUACGGAGUGCCAGAAACAAGAAACUAGAAUACAGUUGAUUUGUAUCAUAUUGUUUGUUAAAAAAAAUGAGUGGUUGUCGUGAAUGUAAAUGUCAGCAUUAAUGUCAUAAAAAUUUAAGGUUAGAUUCGUGUUACAAGUUGCAUAUUACAUUCUCUUAGUAUUACUUUGUUUAUAUGAUAAAAGUGUUUAUAAAUAAAUUAUUGAAACCAGAGAAAAUCUACAACGUAGGUAGCUCAAGAACACUCUUCUUCAUCAUUUUGAUAGUGUGCAUCGCUCAGUGUAUUACUUUAGAUACGGCCAUCUAACAUCUACGUGAUAUGUUUCAACUUUGGUUACUGCAAAAAAUAUAAACAUGGCAGAUCGAGAUUAUGAGAUGGGUCCAACUACAGAAAUGAUGGUAAAUGAUUUUGAUGAUGAACGGACUUUAGACGAAGAAGAAGCUUUAGAAGGUAGUGAAGAUUCUCACAACGAGUUGUCCAACUUACAAAAGGAAGGUGAUAUGCCACUAAAAGACCUACUUGCGAUGUAUGGAUACGGGGACCCGUCUACAGAAAACUCAAACAGUUCAGACCAAAUGCUAAUCCCAUCUGGAAGCGGCGAUCCAGAAAUUGAAGAACAGUAUUCAGAUAAGGGAGAUAACGACGCGGAUGACGACGAAGAUGAUGACGAAGCGGAUGCAACUAGUAACGAGCCAGAUCUCAAGCAAUUUUACACAGAGAUGUUGGUAAAAGGAAAAGAUUCGUCAUCGUUGGUGUCAGGAUCGACGAUGAAAGGAAGUAAUACCAGUGAUGUAGGUACUGGAGACAAUAACAGACGACACAGAAUUCCCGAUGAUGAUGAAGACGAUGAAGAAGGUGAAGGGGAAGAAUGUUCUAUGAUCGAUGGUUGUAGUAACAAUGAAAAUACAAGGACGACUUCAACAAUGGGUGGCACUACUACUGCCAAAUGCAGUAGCAUAACCGCGCUUGCUAGCUGUACAAACGAUAAUACGGGAGGUGGAGUAGAAGGUAGUGUUAGCAGUGGUAUAGUAGAUGGAGGAGAAGAUGGAAUAGUUAGCGGUGGUAUAGGUAGCGGUACGUCAAGAUUAUUGCGAAGCGUUUCACGACCACAGAGCGAAGAAGAAGAAGACGAUUGCGAUUAUAGUCCAGACGAAGAAGAAUGGAAGAAGACAAUCAUGGUCGGUAUUAAUUACCAAGCGGCUAUACCAGAAGGUCUCUGUCAUUACGACGAUGCUUUACCUUACGAGAAUGAGGACAAAAUGCUGUGGGAUCCCAGCCACAUACCCGAAGAGGAAACUGAAGAAUUUUUAGAACGGGCACAGUUACCAGCCGUAAAAGGUGGUUCUCUGCCGACAGGAUCUCAUAUUAGAGACGACGAGCAAGCUUUAUAUCUAUUGUUACAAUGUGGUUACAAUCUCGAGGAGGCAUUAAGAAGACGAAGAAUGAACGUCGUACCGCCAACGGAUGCAGUUAGUCUUUGGUCGGAAGAAGAAUGUCAUAAUUUUGAAUCUGGAUUACGAAGUUACGGAAAAGAUUUUCAUCUUAUACAGAAGAAUAAGGUUCGAACGCGAUCUGUUGGCGAAUUGGUGCAAUUUUAUUAUCUUUGGAAGAAAACGGAACGGCAUGAUAUAUUUACAUAUAAGGCUCGCUUAGAAAAGAAGAAGUAUGCUUUACAUCCUGGUAUCACCAGGGACUAUAUGGACCGAUUUCUGGAAGAACAAGAGGGUGUUCGCGAUCGUAGCAGUUCACCAAAUGUUCAUUGCUUAUUGUAUGGUGAUGCGAAACGGCAAAGGACAACCGUUAAUGCUCCAAACAAUGACGAAGCAAAAUCGGCGGAACCAUGGGAUGGUACCGUAAUUGAUCCUUUAGCAGAUUCGAAUGGACCAACGCCAGCACCGCCGCCACUCCCUCCUCCACCUCCACCACCACCGGUAUCAACCGCUGUGACUGUAUCGUCCUCAGGUUCUGUUUCAACUACAUUGUCAUCAUCUAUAUAUUGUACUACGUCAACUCGUCAUUCCGAAUGUUCACCGUCCGAUUCUAGCUACACUAACCCACAUAUGUGGUCGAAUUUGACGUCUCGAAGUCACUCUACCUCCUCUAUUGUAACGACAAUUACGAUAAAUACGACAACAACUAGCACCGUUCCGAUGGUUACGGCCGUUGGAAUUACAAGUACGGUUACAAGCAGUUCUACCAUCACUUCUGCCGCCUCUAAUAAUUUCUAUCAUUCGAGAGUGACGUCGAGAAGCAACGAUGUACACGAUUCACCAUCGCCAGAGAACAUUUUACCUCAUUUGCCCCCUUAGCGUCGAACACGACUUUCAGGUUUUAAGCCUGGAAGACGUCCUAUGUCUUGGUGCGAUGUGAUCCAUUUAACACUCGCGUUAUCACUAUUGUCGUAACAUAUAAUAUUCGUUAAUAUCAUGAAUUAUAUUUUUGUACUGUAUCGUAUAAAUAUGAUUAUCGAUCGAUAUAACAGAAACAAAGCAAAGAACAAGUUUUUCGCAAAACUAAAAUAAAAUGAUAGCAAAAUAAGUAAAUCGAAAAGAUAAUUAAGUAGGAUAAGUGGCACGUGAACGUGAAUUACUAUAGCUUUUUCCAUUUUCUGCUUUCUACUUUCCGACAACUACUUCUGGUUCCGUAGAUGAGGUUCAUACAGGAAGAUGAGUUUAAAGUAUU